GAAAGCCAGGGAACCACAAUUCCCGGCGAGCUCAGUGGCCGGGCCGCGGCCCGAGCUUAGGAAAUCUGCGCUUGGAGCAUGCCGGGAGUGGUAGUCCCUCAUUCCGCAACUCCUGAGCCUUCCUCUCCCGCCCAGGCCGGGGUAGGGCGGGCUCCCGGCUGACAGGUGGCUGGACCAGCUAGCCCCUCCCUUGCUCUCCCAGCCAGGGUCCGCCGCAGGGGUGGGGCCAGCAGCCUUCGGAGGCCCAGAGGUGGGAUGGGGGUGGGUGGGUUAGGGUGGUCCCUCCCCGCCAACACGGGUAGUGAUGUCAGACCCUCCCCCCGACUCCGGCCCCUUUCCCCCUCCCCCUUUGAACAGCAGCCACCGCCCGGAUCCCGGAGCCGCCGGCCCGGGUCCGAGCCCCGCAGCUUGAGCCCCCACCCCUCCCCUUCCUCCUGUUCCAGGGGCCAAGCCCUGGAGCCACCCCACCCCCCCUGGAAAACACAACCCCGCCCCCAUCGUCCGCCUCCCACAGGCGUCUCCGCCCCCUUUCCCUCCUCCCACCCUCUCAACUCCGCCUUCGUGGCUGCGCAGCCAGCGGGCCGGCCCACCGACCCCUAGAGCGCCCCCGCCCCCAGUCAGCCCCCGCCUUCGAGACGACGAGGGCGGGGCAAACAGCCUCAGCCACGCCCUUCCCUAAGAGAACCCCGCCCCUCCUCUCCUGGUACUACCCUUUCCUCUAAGAUCCACCCCGCCCCCCGGGGGCUGGCCCCGCCCCCGCCUGGGCCCCGCCCCCCUGCCCUGGGCGCCCCCGCCCCCUCCAAUGCUGAGCUCAGUCUGUGUCUCCUCCUUCCGCGGGCGCACGGCGGCCAAACAGCCGCAGCAGCCGCCGGCGCAACCUCCUCCCGCUCCUCCUCCUCCUCCGCCUCCGCCUCCUCCUCCCGGCCCCUGUCCCUGUCCCGGUCCCGGCCCCUGUCCCGCUCCCUGUGCGGGUCCCUGCCCCGGGCCCGUUCCCUCCUCCCCCAGCGCCGGCCCCGGGCCCGGGUCCGCCUCGGCCCCGGGCCCCGGCCCGGCUCCUCCAGGGCGGCCCGCGGGGGGCAAGCCAUGCCCCGGGGGCCCGGCCAUGGGGCGACACGGCGGCGGCGACAGCGACAAGAUCGUGAUCAACGUGGGCGGCGUGCGCCAUGAGACGUACCGCUCGACGCUGCGCACCCUGCCCGGGACGCGGCUGGCCGGCCUCACGGAGCCGGGGGCGGCCGCCAACUUCGACUACGAUCCGCGCAGCGACGAGUUCUUCUUCGACCGGCACCCGGGCGUCUUCGCCUACGUGCUCAACUACUACCGCACGGGCAAGCUGCACUGCCCGGCCGACGUGUGCGGGCCCCUGUUCGAGGAGGAGCUCGCCUUCUGGGGCAUCGACGAGACGGACGUGGAGGCCUGCUGCUGGAUGACCUACCGGCAGCACCGCGACGCCGAGGAGGCUCUGGACUCUUUCGAGACCCCCGAGCCGGCCGCCGCCGCCGGAGGCCCCGGGGGGCCCGGGACCGGCCCGGGAGGGCUGGACGACGAGGCGGGCGGUUUGGACGCCGCCGGGGCCGGAGGGGAGCUCAAGAGACUCUGCUUCCAAGAUGCGGCCGGAGGGGCCGCCGCCGGCCCCGGGGGAGCCGGGGGGGCGACGUGGUGGCGCCGCUGGCAGCCCAAAGUGUGGGCGCUCUUCGAAGACCCUUACUCGUCCCGGGCGGCCAGGUACGUGGCUUUUGCCUCCCUCUUCUUCAUCCUCAUCUCCAUCACCACCUUCUGCCUGGAGACCCACGAGGGCUUCAUCCACAUCCACAACAAGACGGUGACCCAGGCGUCGUCGGUGCCCGGGGAGCCCCCCGAGAACGUGACCAACGUGGAGGUGGAGACGGAGCCCUUCCUGACCUACGUGGAGGGCGUGUGCGUGGUCUGGUUCACCUUCGAGUUCCUCAUGCGCGUCACCUUCUGCCCGGACAAGGUGGAGUUCCUCAAGAGCAGCCUGAACAUCAUCGACUGCGUGGCCAUCCUGCCCUUCUACCUGGAGGUGGGCCUGUCGGGGCUGAGCUCCAAGGCCGCCAAGGACGUGCUGGGCUUCCUGCGGGUGGUCCGCUUCGUGCGCAUCCUGCGCAUCUUCAAGCUGACGCGGCACUUCGUGGGGCUGCGCGUGCUGGGCCACACGCUGCGCGCCAGCACCAACGAGUUCCUGCUGCUCAUCAUCUUCCUGGCGCUGGGGGUGCUCAUCUUCGCCACCAUGAUCUACUACGCCGAGCGCAUCGGGGCCGACCCCGACGACAUCCUGGGCUCCAACCACACCUACUUCAAGAACAUCCCCAUCGGCUUCUGGUGGGCCGUGGUCACCAUGACGACCCUGGGCUACGGAGACAUGUACCCCAAGACCUGGUCGGGGAUGCUGGUGGGCGCGCUGUGCGCCCUGGCGGGCGUGCUCACCAUCGCCAUGCCCGUGCCCGUCAUCGUCAACAACUUCGGCAUGUACUACUCGCUGGCCAUGGCCAAGCAGAAGCUGCCUAAGAAAAAGAACAAGCAUAUCCCCCGGCCGCCCCAGCCGGGCUCCCCCAAUUAUUGCAAGCCCGAGCCGCCCCCCCCUCCGCCCCCCGCGCCCGGGCUCCCCCACCAUCACAGCGGCCUCAGCCCUCCCCCGCCCGGCUCCUACCCCACGGGGCUGCCGGGCCCGCACGGCCACGUGCACCCGGGGCUCCUGAGGGGCGGGGCCGGGGGGCUCGCGGGGAUGGGCCUGCCCCCCCUGCCCGCCCCUGGGGAGCCUUGUCCGCUGGCUCAGGAGGAGGUGAUCGACAUCAACAGGGCAGACCCUCGCCCCAACGGGGACCCGGCAGCUGCUGCCCUAGCUCAUGAGGACUGCCCGGCAAUUGACCAGGCGGCUCUUUCCCCGGAAGACAAGAGUCCCAUCACCCCCGGGAGCCGGGGCCGCUACGGACGAGACCGGGCCUGCUUCUUGCUCGCUGACUACACAGCUUCCCCAGAUGGCUCCAUCCGAAAAGGUUAUGAGAAGUCCCGCAGUCUGAGCAGCAUCGCGGGGCUCAGUGGGGUGUCCUUGCGUCUUGCCCCCCUUGCCACUCCCCCUGGCUCCCCAAGGGCUGCCCGCCGUGCCCCUCCUGCCCUGCCUUCCAUUCUCUAGCCCCCCUUGCCCCUCUUUGGGGGAUUCAGGGGUGGUGGGGGAUGGUUCCAGGUGUAGGGGUGGGGGUGGUAUUUUUUAAAGGGUCACAAACAAUAUGCAAUUGAUAUGACCGCCAGCAACCCCCCAGACCCCUCCCCACUUCCUCUAGGCCCCCAAGAAAGAGGGGGCAGAGCCUCAGUACCCCCCAAAAGCCUUCUCAGGUCUCCACGAGCCAUAUCGCCCCCUCCCCGAUCCACACGCUCAUUGAAACGUGUAAAUAAGUGAGAGCUGCGCUGGUUACCUUCGGGCCACUCCCAUUCUCCGAGGCGGCCUCUGUCCUCGUCCAUCUCUGUGCAUGCCCCCGAACCCCAAUUCUCUGCAAGAGCAAUAAGCUGCCUCUGGCCGCAUGCCGCGUCCCACCUUAGACCACCUGGGCAACAGGGAGUUGGAAGGGGGGUCCAUGCAGUCCCUGGGCCUCCUCGGUCCCCUUAUCCCCAGCCUGGAGUACUAGGAGCUCCGGCUUUUGUUACAAAUCAGAUAAAAAGAAACGGGGGCGGGGGGGACGGGAAACGGAGGUGACAAGACCCUGGAAGGCCUGGAGGGGGAUCGGGAAAUCCGGGCUCUGGAGCUUUCCAGGGUCCUGGAGCGGUUUGGGGACGUCCAGGCUGCCAGCGCAGAGAUGAGGGGUGGUCCGUGCCUGUGUGUGUGCCCGCGCGGCUGUGGGCGUGGCUUGUGAGCGCACGCACGUGGCCACGGAUCGCACGGCGGGGGGAGCCUCGCCGGGACGGAUCACUCCUUCUCCCGGCCCCCCUUCCCGCCAGCGUCUCGCUGUCCCCCUCACCGAAGCCCCGGCCGGGGGGGGCUCCCCCGUAUGUGUUCCCGUUCCCUGGGCCCCCGUCUUUCUCAUCCCUUCUCUGGAGCAGAUCGUGGGGACCGGGUCUGCAUGUGCAUGAACUCCCGCGAGAUCCUCUCGGUUCUGUGUCUUUUCCGCGCCCCCCCCUUCCCGGCGGGGGCUCGGGGCGGGGCCUUGUGCGACACGGGGGAAAUCCGCGGGCUGGGGCUCCCGGAGCUGCUUCCUCAGGGACCCGCAGCCGCUCCGGGGACCCUCCGCGGCCCCUCCCGCGGCCCCGAGCGGACGGCCUGGCGGGCGCGCGCUCUGUCGCGGUUUUCUCCCGGGGCUGUCCCUCCGUGUCCGCGCUCCGGGCGUGCGGCUCCACUCCGGGGCCGAGUCUCUCCCCGCCCCCUGCCGGCCCGGCCUCGGGAUCUCCGACACCACUUUGCACUUCGGCCUUUCCGGUCUUGCCAGAAGUCCUCCUCCGGGUCCUCUUCGUCUGCCCCCAGUUCUCCGAGCACUCCCGCCCGCGCCCCCCGCCCGGCAUGGCGUUGUCUGGCCCUGGUCUAAGCGUGUGUUCCCCAACGGCCCCGGACCUCUCCUCCCGAGGCUCCCAACGCAUCUCCCCCCCACCAAGACGCAGCCCUCCCAGACUGCCCCCCUCCAAGGGACGUGGAACUUGGGGUACCGCCCCCUAGCCUCCUGGGAGAAAGCGCCACUUCCCUCGCAGCGGGGGUCCCUAAGCUGCGCGGCCACCUGCCCUGCGGGUCCCGGCACUUUCCCCGAGGCCAGGCUGGCCGUACCCCUCUUCCACAGCUCCCAGACCCGCAGAAUUUGCCCCCGAUUCCGCCUUUCCGGGGUGGGGCAGGGAGUUUCUCCUUAUGCAACCUUUCCUAUGCAAGGGGCUCCUUGGACUCCCCCCGCUCCUUUCCCCUCGCCACCGAGCCUGCUAGAUCAGGCAAGAAGCCAGGGGUUCUCUGAUGCAGUGACCUGGAUAGGACUGGGAACAGGGGCUGCCUGGGUCCCGGGUGGGGAAGGGAGAAAGAAGUAGGGACAACUGUGCCAAAGGGUUAAAAAUUCUCCAGCACCCUCCCCCCAGCUCCCCUCACACCCUCACACACACACCCCCUCCCUCUCCCGGAUUUGGGGACUUGGAGAGUUCGGAGGUCCCCCUCAAAGGAUCCUUCCCGAUCCCCACCUCCAACAAAGCUUUCAGUUAGCUUUUUACAAACAAGAAUAAACUUCGAUAAAACUUUAUUUGGGGAGUGUGGGAUUUGGGGAGGGAGGACUUGCCCUCCCCCUAAAUGCCCCCUGGACUCCCUCUGGCCGCCACGCACACGCAACUACACGCAUGAUCUGCAUGUCUGCGGAUGCCUCCCCCUCCCCACGCAUGACAAGGGGCAGGGGGUACGGUUAGGAGGGGAAUCUCUUUCGUGCCCCCCUUUUUUGCUAGGGGAGGGAAGAGUAGGAGUGGGCCCCCAUCUGAGAGCUCCUGGGGAUUGGGGGUGGGGGCAGGUCAUGGGGAAGGGGUCCUGUGCCUCCACUCCACCCCACACAUAUAGCAAUAAAGAUUCCCCCCAACCCGGUCCCAGGGAGUCCCACAGAAAGGGGGGGAGGGUGUGUGUGUGGGGUGGGUUGGGGGCUCUCAGGGAUGGAGGCGGAUCUGAAUCGGCUGGGGGGGAAGGUCUGCAAACUUCCAACUCUGGUGCUAAUGGGGGGUGUCUCCCCCCCACCCCCAGGACAGGGGAAGGGGGGAGCCUUGCCCUCCCCCACGUCUCCCCCACUCCCCGCCCAGGGGUGCAUGACCCGCGAACCAGCAGAGCCGCCCGCUGCAGACGCCGCAUGUCACCCCCUUCCCCCUCCCUCAAACAAAUAAAAAAUUCCCUUUUCAUUUA